AUGGCCAUUUACGGUGAGAAACGGCAGUAUACGUUAACGUUUCUGGUAGCUGUAGUGCUCGACCUUGGUUGUCAUAUUGGAGAAGUUCGCAGUACUAUUUUGAAUUCUCUCAAUGUUGAAAUGGUAAACAACCGUGAUGCAGCUAUUAAUAUAUUAACUUGUAUAAGUGAAGAAAAAGUGAACAAGUUGAUUCAGCGUACUUCUAAUAAUCGUCUAACGAAGAAAAUUAAACGUUUAAAUUAA